AUGAAGUGCAGACUAUCACGAGACUGGAAAGUUCCUGAGGUGUUAACGUUGAUUGAGUUCCUCAAGAAGCUACAUGAGGAGGAGCUGCGAGACCUGCAGGUGAGCGUGGAGAGCCAGCAGGUGCAGCAGGUCGAGGUGGAGGCCACCGUGAAGCCGGAGCUGACGGCGGCGCUGAGGGACAUCCGCGCGCAGUACGAGAGCAUCGCGGCGAAGAACCUGCAGGAGGCAGAGGAGUGGUACAAGUCCAAAUACGCGGACCUGUCCGACGCCGCCAACCGGAACCACGAGGCCCUGCGUCAGGCCAAGCAGGAGAUGAACGAGUCCCGACGCCAGAUACAGAGCUUGACUUGUGAGGUGGACGGGCUGCGCGGCACGAACGAGGCGCUGCUCAGACAGCUGCGGGAGUUAGAGGAGCAGUUUGCCCUGGAGGCGGGCGGGUAUCAGGCAGGCGCCGCGAGGCUCGAGGAGGAGCUGCGACAGCUGAAGGAGGAGAUGGCACGGCACCUGCGCGAGUACCAGGAGCUCCUCAACGUCAAGAUGGCCCUGGACAUUGAGAUCGCCACCUACCGGAAGCUUCUGGAGGGCGAGGAGAGCAGGAUCUCUGUGCCAAUCCAUUCUUUUGCAUCCUUGAGUAUAAAGACGACUGUACCUGAGGUGGAGCCUCCUCAGGACAGCCACAGCAGGAAGAUGGUUCUGAUCAAGACCAUUGAGACACGGGACGGAGAGGUGGUGACCGAGUCCCAGAAGGAGCAGCGCAGUGAGCUGGACAAGUCUUCUACUCACAGCUACUGAACCCAUUGGUCCAGAGCUCCCUGACCCUGCCCUAGCCCUAUUCCAAGUCCCAGACCCCAACACCAGUACUGAAUUAGUCCUCUCUGGCUCUGCAUGUGUCUAAGAGAUGCCACAAGUCACCCCUUCCCUGGCUUGUGGCCAAGCCCUACCCAGCCAGCCAUAGCUGGCCCUUUUCUCCCUGCCCUGGCACGUAUCUGUGACCUAUAUGCCCUAUAUAUGAUCUAUAUAUCCCCUUAUCGAAUCCUAGUAAGAGGCCGGCGAUCUCCAAAUCUAGUCAUUAUCCCAUGACCAGUGGAGUGGGCUGGGAUCUGAGUUCCACUUUUGAAUCAAAUAAAACUGCUGUUAAGA